AUGAAACCCUUAUUGCCAGCAUCCAACGAAGAUGAUCACACAACUCUGAUGGGCAACAAAGAUGUCGAGCAGGGCCGUCCCCUUCAGCUGAAUGGCAUCAAUUCUCCCCCACGGCACACUCAUGCCGUCCAUCAAAAAAAGGAGCUCAAGACACAAAGGAUCAAGCUGAUGGUCAUGAUCUCGAUGACAUUCUUCUUCUUCGUCGUUGAAUUGGUCUAUGGUUACAUGUCAAAUUCGAUGGCUUUAAUAGCAGAUUCAUUCCACAUGCUGUCAGAUGUCUUGGCACUAAUCGUCGCGUUGGCUUGCAUAAUUGUGAGUAUUUUUGGAUUGGCACUUUCUUUUGUUUAGACAAAUAUUAUCAGUUGGUUUCAUAAAACGGCACUUGACAUGAUCAAAUUUCCUUUCAGAUCGCGAAUAGAAAGACAAAAUCUCAGUCGAAUACGUUUGGAUGGGUAAGGGCAGAGCUGAUUGGAGCACUUGUCAAUGGCGUCUUUCUCCUCGCACUUUGUUUUACCAUUUUCCUGGAAUCAAUUGAACGAUUGGUGGAGCCCCACCCCCUGAAAGAACCUCUUAAUGUCCUGAUUGUUGGAAUCCUUGGACUCGUUGUGAACAUUAUUGGAAUGUUCUUGUUCCAUGGUGAGAUUGGUGUGUCGCUUACUUCUUUUGCCUCUCAUUUAGUUAACGAAAUGCUUGCUGUGGAUUUGAAUACUAACAACUUGACACUUUAUUUUGAGUGAUGCAUUUUGAAAGUUUCUUCUCUAUGGUAUUAACUUUAGGUCAUUCUCACGGGCAUAGUCAUGGUGGAAGUGGAGGAAUUUCUGAGGAAAAUAUUGCCGGAAGCAGUGGAUAUUUGGCCACAUCACAUCAAGAAGGGGCCAUGGUUAUCGCUGAUCUAAAAGGCAGUGAAGAUGAAUUGAAUACGAAACAAAAUGGAAAUGGAAUCACAAUUUCAGAAACAAAUAAAGCAGAGAAGAAGAAAAAGAGCAGUAAGUUGACUAAUGUCAUUAUUGUUUGUUUUUAGAAGGAUCAGUUCAGAUGAAUAUGAAAGGAGUUUACCUUCAUAUUGUUACUGAUUUCAUUGGAUCAAUCAUUGUCAUCCUGACAGCCUCUGUGUCUCUUUGGUUCCCAGACAUGCAGUUCCUGAAAUACUACAUGGACCCAAGUUUGUCCAUGAUUAUGGUCAUCUUGAUCAUGUCCUCGACGAUUCCAUUAGGUAAAAAGGAUAAUUUGAAUAGAGUUUAUCUAUAGUUUAAACCAGAAUAUAUUUGUAUUUCUAUUCCCUGGUAUGUAAUAUUUGUUUUUAGUAAGAGAAACGGCCCUUAUUCUUCUCCAAACAACCCCAGAUGAUGUUGACGUACAGACGAUCGAAGAGAAACUAAUGGCCUUACCUGGAGUGCUCGCUGUCCAUGAGUUCCACGUCUGGAGAUUGGUUGCUGUUCGGAUCAUCGCGACGGUUCAUAUUCACUUUGCCACAUUUGAGGACUAUCUGAGAAACGCCGAACAGAUCAAGGAGAUCUUCCAUGAUCAUCAAAUACAUUCGGUCACUGUUCAGCCAGAAUUCACUGUGGUAAGGUCUUACCUUAACUUAUAGGAGAGGUUCUCCAAGUGCGACGUCAGAUUUUUAUGAAACUUGGUACAAAUUUAGAUUUUUUUCUGAGAGGUAUGCGAGACCCUAGCCUGCGGUUUGCAGAAACGGCGCAAUUUUUUAUGAAAUGUUCCUGUUCUUACUGUGGGUACUGUGUCCACAAAAAAAUUCCAAAAAAUCCCCAGUGUGUGCAAAAUCAGACCGUCACACUUUGGCUACUUCCCUUCUUUGUUUCCAUGAGUCAGAUAUAUAACGAGAUUUCUAAAUUGUAUUUGUUCAUUGUGAAUAUUGUUUUAGAUGCGGAAAGAGAACUUUGACUGUGCUCUAAAGUGUGAACCCGAAGAUUGUCAACAAGCGACAUGUUGCCAAACAGAAACCUCCAAAUCCCCAUCUCCCAAAGACACUAGUAGAUCGACGGCGCGAUCAGGAAAGGCUGUUUAG